UUUAACCCCAUUUCUCCAACAUUUCAACACUUUUUCCGCACUUUCUCUUUAUCUGCGUCCAAUUCUUAAACAAUUGUGCAUUACAUUCUCUGUGUAGCGCGCUCGCAACUUUGUAGGGUUUUUACUUCAUUCGUUCGUACGAUCAUAGAAAAACCGCAAAUCCAACAACGUUCACCUAUUUCCGUUACUCUGCAAUCACGAGUUCAAAAGGUGUUCCGCUCAGGUCAUGACGUGCUCUGAUGAACAACAUGAUCGAUUAAGCAAUCUCUCAGACGAUUUGAUUUGUCAUAUUUUGUCUUUCCUAUCAACCAAAGAGUGUUAUAGAACAUGUGUUCUAUCCACAAGAUGGGAGUCGAUCUGCACCAAGAUUCCUAACCUUCACUUUCAAUUACCAGAGAAUUCAGAUCCUGUGUUAUCCAAAGAAAUCAAAUUUGUAAAUGUUGCUCUCCUAAGACGCACCGAAAAUAUAAGAAAACUAAGUCUUAAUAGUGAGAAUGGCUGUCAGCCACAUGAUGUACGCAUGUGGGUUUCAAAGGCAUUAGAUCUCAAGGUCCAGGAACUUGAGUUGGAUCUGUUUCUCCAUGAAAAAAUCUUAUUGCCGCUUAGGCUUUCCACAUGUGAGUCACUCGUGGUCUUAAAAUUGCAGGGCAGAAUUCAACCAAAACUCAAUUCUUCUUUUCAUGUAUAUUUACCGUCACUAAAGAUUCUUCAUCUCCGUGAAACUGUGGCGUAUUCUAUCUUUGAUGAUCGUACAGAGUAUGCUCUCAAUAAUUUUCUAUCUGGUUGUCCACAUUUGGAGGAACUUAAUUUAGCUGGGACCUUUGCAUUACCGAUCAACACCUCUUUUUACUUAUUGAAGAGAUUAUUCCUUUGUUUAUAUAUACCUACUUCUGUUGUUAAGUGUUUUCCACUACAAAUUAAUGCCCCGUCACUUGAAGUUCUUUAUCUUGUUGAUUUUUCAUUGGCUCCUAGAAAAUAUGACUUUACAAAUUUGUCCAAUCUUGAUGAAGCUGCUAUUUUCAUUUGUAAUCCUGCGGAUUUUAACAAUUUGUAUACAGUACUGAAGGGACUUUCUAAAGUCGAAUCAUUGGCUCUCGGUUCUAACACUUUUCAUUUUCUCGGCAUGGAGGCCAAACUUGACAACUUACAUCUUCUCACUUUUCACAAUUUAUUAUUUUUAUCGGUUGAAAUAUAUGAGAAUUGCAGUUGGAAUAUGCUCGUCAGCUUUCUACACAAUGCACCAAAACUUAAGCAUCUUGCAGUUGGGAGAAAAAUUGAAAUCAAUUCCCGAAGAAAGGAGGUUGGAAACUCGAGUUGGGUGGAGCCAUUGAUAUCUCCGGCAUGUCUUACUAACAGUCUCAUUUCAUUUGAAUUUGUUGGAAUUCAAAACAUAAAAACUGAGUUGGACUUUACACGAUAUAUUGUAAGUCACUCAAGUAAGCUAGAGAAGGUAAAGAUUUUCACACCCACUUCAAAGAAAAGAAGAGUAGAAAAAAGUUUACGCAAGGGGUCAAAGAAAUCCUCCGUACUAGUAUGGGAUAUUAAUUCAGUUGAAGAUCAGUUGGAUGCCUUCAAGGAUAUUAAAGAUCUCUUUUCUGAGCUGUUCUUGCACAAUAAAUAAAUUUAAGUCAUCAAAGCUUAGUGAGUGAGUUUUAACUUAUAAUGUGCAUAUCCAUAGUGAAGGAGUGUUAUAUUGCAAUGUGAAGUUGAUUGGAAUUGAUGCCCCUAUGAGUGUGUCUGUUUAUUCUACGAUGAAAUCAAAUUGUAUGCUCGAACUGCUUGUGAUAAGAUAUUUUCAGGCACAAUAAUGAAUGUUUGUGUUGUGUGUGCUUUAGCA